AUGUCCCGCUUUGUGGCCGCAGAUGAGGUCGAUGAUGAGGAUUUGGCGAAACAGGAGGCACACGAGGAGAAGCUCUUGAGUGCUUUCGAGCAAGAGAAGAGCAAGGAGGAGCGGAAAACGCUUGCGCAGCAGCUCAAGGUGAAUAGGCAGCAAAGAUAUAAGGAGUAUAGAGACAGCAUGGAGGAGGAAAACUCUCUUUACAAGUGGACUCAAAAAGAUGUGGACUACUAUGAUAAACUCGAAGAAGAACGAAGAUUCAAGAGACUAAAGGAAAAAACAGAGAUUGAAAGGGAGAUAAUGACAUAUAAGCAAGCUAAAAGAGCACGAGAACGAGCAGAAGACAGCGCCAUCACUAACGGCUUCGAAAAAAUCGAUGCUAUGGAAGAGCGCAAACGAAGAAAUCACACAAAAGACAGAGCUUAUAGGAUCAACAGGCGAAAAGCCACGGCUUAUGGUAACAGCUCUAUACGCGCUGGAUUGCCAGACAGAAGUCCACACACCGCAGGCCGGACUCCUAAGACCCGGUCACAACAAGAGAAGUCUCCCAGUGACCAAAUAAAUCAAACAUCAUCUGUUGCACAAAAACCCAUCCGUUCGCAAUUUGGCUAUUCUUCCGAGAGCGAGUGA